AAAAGAAGCAUGGCGAGCAGAAGGCUGGCACUAAGACAAGAGGGGUAUCACCAAAAGGAAAUGUUAAAUUUGGAGGUGCCGAAGUGCGUGAGUUUGAUCCGAGUGCACCAAUAGGUGGACCAUCCUCUUCUUCUAGAGAGCAGACAGGUACCGCGGUAAUAGAGGAAGAUGAGGAAGAGAAUGAGCUGUUUAUGAAUGAGGACAUGGUCGAAAAUCAAGCAGAGGAGGAAUCACCCUCCGAUGAGGAGGAAGACGCAUUUCCUGAAGAAGAUGAACAUCUAAGCGUAAAUUUUAGUGGAGUCGAAGAAUUUUCUAGUCGUGCCGUGCAUGCCCUACCACAUCCGCCAGCACUGAAGAAGGUGUUGUGUAAUGUUUCGCAAGAAGCUGAGGAGAACGAGAUGGAGGGCGAGCCAAGCAUGGAAGCUCCAGCAGAUCUAGAAGAACAAGAAGGUAGUAGUAAAGAAAGUGGAAGUAAAAAGGAGAAAUCUCAGCUGGAAUUGAAGAAAGAACUUUUU